AUGAAGGCCUCUCUUUUCCUUGCCUGCUCGGCCUUGGGCCUUGCUUUGGCCACUCCCACCCAGGACGCCCCUGAGACUGUCAACAACCCCCUCGGCGUCGUGUACCAGGCCAAGUUGCCCGAGUCCAGCAGAACCGGUAUCAGAGGAACUAUCAAUGCUACUGCUCAUAGUUCCGGCAGAGGUGUUGUGUUUACUCUCGAUCUCUGGGGCUUCGACAUGACAGAGGGUCCAUUCCCAUACCACAUCCACGUCGAUCCAGUCCCAACAAAUGGUAGCUGCGGACCAACCCUCGACCAUCUUGAUCCCUUCAUUCGUGGCCAGACACCUCCAUGCGAUGACACUCUUCCUCAGAGCUGCGAGGUAGGAGACCUCAGCGGCAAGUACGGCAGACUCAGGACCUCUAGCAUGGAGGAACACUUCCACCAGAAGUUCCAUGACCUCUACACCUCUACUAAGUCUGGCCUGGGCACUUUCUUCGGAAACCGUUCCAUUGUCAUCCACGCUAAGAACAGUACGCGCCUCACCUGCGCCAACUUCACCCUCGUCGAGCAACCAGGCACCUCCACUAGUUAUGUGCCUCGUCCUACUGGCACAGCUGGCACAGGCAUCAUCUCUAGCAUUUUCCCUACUGGUACUGGAGCUAUCAGCACCAGCGGUCACCCUCCUACAGUCUCUGCCACUUACACUCCAACCCCUACUCCUUCUCCUCCAGCCCAGAAUAACGGAGCAGGACGUCUCGUUGGCUUCUCCCUUGGCGCUAUCAUGGCUGCCUUGGUCCCUUUGGCUGUGUAG